GACGGGAGGAAGCAGCGAGCUACUCGACUCGACUGGUCGGCGACACCAGCUCCGCUCCGGGAAACGCUGAGAGAGAGAGAAAAGGAAGCCCACUGCUAGACACAUAAACUACAGGACGACAGUUCACAAGAUUCAUCGUGCUGACUGCUGCUCCGUCCCAAAGGGAUGGCAGCCAUCCGUAAGAAGUUGGUGAUAGUGGGGGAUGGAGCUUGUGGGAAGACCUGCCUCCUGAUCGUCUUCAGCAAGGACCAGUUCCCGGAAGUCUACGUCCCCACCGUGUUCGAGAACUACGUGGCCGACAUCGAGGUGGAUGGCAAACAGGUGGAGUUGGCUCUCUGGGACACGGCGGGUCAGGAGGACUAUGACAGGCUGAGACCACUGUCCUACCCAGAUACUGAUGUCAUCCUCAUGUGCUUCUCCAUAGACAGCCCUGACAGCUUGGAAAACAUUCCAGAGAAGUGGACCCCCGAGGUCAAACACUUCUGCCCCAACGUUCCCAUCAUCCUGGUAGGAAACAAGAAAGACCUGCGCAACGACGAGCACACACGCCGAGAGCUGGCCAAGAUGAAGCAGGAGCCAGUGAAGUCAGAGGAGGGCCGGGACAUGGCCGGACGAAUCGCAGCUUUCGGUUAUAUGGAAUGCUCCGCGAAGACCAAGGACGGCGUGCGGGAGGUGUUCGAGAUGGCCACCAGGGCAGCACUGCAGGCGCGCCGCGGAAAGAAGAGCAAUAAAUGUGUACUGCUGUAAAAUGGCCGACACAUUUGGACUGUUUCCACCCCCGGGCUACUGACCACGGGCCUUGGGCUUGGGAGGGACUGGGGGGGUUAAUAGACCGGAGAGGGAGGGAGGGAGGGAAGGAAAAGCAGUAAGCUACUACCGCUGUAAUAUGGCUGUUUGUUGGACUGAAUUUACCCCGGGAGUUGGGUUUGGGAAGCGUGGGUUGGGUGGGUGGGGGGACGAGGGAACGCAGGAAACGACUGCCCAGUAAACGUAGGGCUCAAGUUGGGAAAUGUCCACCAGCCUUGUCAAGUGUCACAAGCCACUUACACUGAUCAAGACCUUCAGGGAGACCCUGGUUCUAAACAUCUAGUGAAUUAUGAACAGUACAGUAGAUGAGUUCCACUGUAAAUGUGGAUUGUUUAUACCUAGAAUGAGGAUGAGAGCAGUGUGGAGUUUGACAGACAAAGGGGAAGAAUGACGCUCAGUAUUGGGGGGGGGGGGGGGGGGGGGGGGGGCGACACACAAAGAUUGGACCAGAAAACUGGCAGCGUUGGUAGUUUUGUACAUUCAACUUGUUAAAUGCUGUACAAGAUAACUGUUUAACUGAGUGGACAAAUCACCGGCUAAACAUUAUUAAUCAGUUCUCCUUAAAGAUGGGGCUUUGAACAGGUUUGGGAUUGAAUAGCUGUCAGGUCAGUUCAAGACCAAAAAAAUUAUUACAUUUAGAUACAAUCCUAGGGUUGUAUCUAGGAUAUUGAACAAGUGAUCAUGUGCCGUCAAGUGCUCAGGUCCUUUGUUAUAUCACCAGAGAGGCGUGGAGCCCCACGCUUGCAUGUCCAUCUCAGUGCCAUCUAGUCCCUCACUGGGGCUGAUCCUGCUCAUACACACUCAAAGUGACAAACAGUUUGAGCCCUACUCUUUCUGAGAUUAUGUCAUAAUCACAUGAUGGUUAAUGCUCUUGUUAUUUGCAGAUAGGCUGAAGCUCUGUUUUAAAGCUACUUGCAGUGCAGCGUCAUCUGCCUCCAGUCACUGUUGUAAAUAUCAUGCGUCAUGCCACUGCAGCGCUGUAGUUGGCAGUGUGAAGUUGACGUAGUUCCAGCCGCGCCGCAGCGACUACAAAUUGACCUGUCCACACGCUGUUAUCUGUUUACUUUCCGAGGCGUUCGGCUCUCAUCCGAAGGUUGUUAAAGGUUAGAUCAAAUCUUUUGGUUGAAUCAGUGCAAGUGACUGUGUUUCCCACCGGCUCGGCUCCCAUCCUCCUGCUCCACACCGCUGACUGCUGGUGCUCAUCCUCCCCUGGUUUUAGACCAGGACAAAGAACAAGGAGAGGAGAAAGUAUUGUGUUUACACGCACACCACUGAUCUCCUUAUUUGGGAUGGAUGACUUUUUUUGUGUAGGCAUGUUUAAAGGUCAAAUGUACAAAAAACAGAUUUGUUCGUGUUUGAGAGAAAGAAAAAGAAAAGUUGCCUGUGAUAUUCCAUGUUAUCCAUUAUUUUACAUGUCUGCCUUUUUACUGGUCAACUGUUAUCUGCCACAAGCCUCAACAGUUGAACUUAAAAAAGACAAAUGUGACCUGUGAUAUGACCUUUGUAUUCAUAAUACUGUGCAUGGAAAAUAUCAGAAUUGUGGCAGUCAGAUAGAUUUGGACUUAAACAUUCAGGUAAUAUACAUCACUAAUACGCAAAGUGGGAAUGAACCACCUGCUGUGUGUUAGAAAACCUUCAUUUUAGGAUUUUUUUGUGGGGGAUCUUUUAUUAAGGUCUUAUUUUGAAAAUGGACCUGAGACCAUUUAUAUUUGGGAUUUAUGAGUCACCAGCCUUCCCUGACCUUCCCUGAGUUUUACUGCCAGACUGAGUCUCUCCUCAGAAGGUUGUGCGCCUCCUGUUCUUCUUCCUGGCCUACAGGGAGGAGCCUGUUCCAGAUACCUGGUUUUGUGUUUGUUGUUUUUAUACUUUUUAUUUUCUGCUUCAAAAAAAAAAAGUCAUAAAUAUGUUGUCUAUCAGUAUUUAAAAAAAAAUAGGAGGUGGAAGACUAGGGGACUGCUCGUGUGUCGUCGCUUUAGUUUAUUCUUCUUUUUGUGCUUUAUCUGAAUUUUUCCGAUGAUUUCCAAUUGGGGUCUUAACGACACGUCAAUCAUCCCUGCCAAAUGCUGUUUGUUAGGCAGUCAGGAGAAAGGCUGGCCCCUCGGCUGCCUGUCUAGAGCACCACUAGGACCACGCGUGCUGGCUCUUUUUGUCGUUGUUUUGAAUACAAAGUUGGCUGAAAAGACAAAAGGAAAAAAAAACUACUUUAGUCUCCAUUUAUUAUGUACAAAUCAUUUUUAUUUCUAGUUUUUAUUGUAUUUUAAAUCCUAAUUUUGGAUGCUGAAACAGUGACGUAAAACAAAGGAACAGGACAAACCAAGCUGUAUGCAAAGUAUGUAAAUAUGAAAUGUGGGUUUGUUCAUACUAGACUAUACACACGCACAGGACUGGAAACUAUUUGUAAACUAGCUUUGGUUUGUGUAAUAAAUUACUUUCUAUAACA